GUGACAGUACUUAUUUCAUUCUACAAUUUGUUUAUCAACUUCAUUUUUAUUAGUUUUGCAACUUGUAAAGAAUUUUCUAGUGUUUAUUUUACAAUUACAUUUUGCUAAUAAUGUCUCAUCGAAAGAACUUUUUAGAUGCGGAUGAAAGUCUACUUGAAAAAAAUUUAAAAUUUGUCAAGAACGAAGUGGAAGAAGAACUCAAUCAAUACUUUUGUGGCACGCAAGAUAGUGAUGGUUUAAAUGAAUCGCUAGCACCUCCACGUGAAUAUAAAGUUGUUCAGCCAAAACCAGGAAUUUGCAUCAAAAGCUUCAAAACGAACACAAAUGAUAAAUUUUUCAUCAAUGUUUGUCAAACUGAAGAGAUACCGCCACCGGAGGACAUUACCGAAGAGCAGUUGGCUGACAUUUUGCAAUCGGAAAUACCCAGCUCCUUUCGCAUUCCCAUGAGUAUUUCCGAUCCGCGUGUAACUAAGGAUAAAUCAAAUAAUUCAGUAGAUGUUUGCGAUAUUGCGAUUAAUCCUAACUUCUUUGUUAAAAUUCAAAAAUCCUUAUUAUUUAAAGACUUUUUUCUGGCACUAAUUGCCGAAGCUCUAAACGAUAAAUAUAAUGUACAAAUAAAAGUCGAGAAAUCAAUAAUAUUGCAAAAUAGAAAGUUCAUUGGCACACUGGUGCGGCAUCGUGUACGUAAUAAGGACGUAAAAACCGUUUUGAACUCAUAUAAACAACCAACUGAGGAAGACAAAAGGAAAUUGGUAGAACUUGAAAAAACUAGUGGCGGAAAGAAUGUGCCAUUGGUACAAGAGAUUGAUACAAAUGAGGUGAAUGUGCUAAAGCAGAAAUCAGAACAAUUAAAGCAGAAUUCCUCCAAGAUUAAAGAGGCAAUAUCACUAGCUGGAUCCACAGUGCCGGAGUUUAAGCUACGUGCCAAAUUGUCCAAAGAGGAGGUUGAAGAAAUACAGGCGGAGUUCUAUCUACCAAAAUGUAUAUCUUCAAAUGAAAUCCUACUGGAUAUCGGAGAAGAUCGCAUUUUAUUGGAAUCUAUCAAGCAUGGAUAUAUGUUUGAUAAGUUUGUGAAUUAUCGUUUGAAUCAAGAACGUGCUCGGGCAAUUUUCGACAAAACCAAUAAAAUGCUUCAAGUUCGUAUUCCUGUAUAUCCAGUGCAUUAAAUUAUAUGCUGGACAGCAGCUGUACAUGUAUACAAUUACAGAGUUAAACUCAUUCAUAAUUUAGUGUAUAAAUUAGGUGCACGGCAUUUUCAAUUUAUUGAUUUUUUUUUUUUAAUUUUAGUGUAUAAAUUAGGU